AUGCCCCAAUCCAUAACAGACGUUUCAUUGCCAUAUUUCCUUCACUUUGGAGAUCACCCUAGUUCCCUUCUUGUUUCUACUCCUCUUACCUAUGAUAGUCACCUCACAUGGAAGCGUGCCAUGAAGAUGGCUCUCAAUGCCAAAAAGAAACUCGGUUUCAUUAAUGGAUCACUUACCAAACCAACUGACCCUCUCACUAAUGCUCGUCUCUGGGAUUGCUGCAACAACAUGGUACUUUCAUGGCUUCUCAACUCCGUUGAUAAGUCUCUGGUCUCCAGUCUUAUCUACCAUCAAAAUGCUCGUGUUGUUUGGAUUGAUCUUGAAGCUCGUUUCUCUCAAAGUAACAAUUCCAAAAAUUUCAAAUUGAAGCGAGACAUCACCACAUUACGUCAAGAUUCCAUGUCCAUCUCUAAUUACUACACGAUAAUCAUAUCAUAUUGGGAUGAAUUGAACAUGUUACAAUCCAUUCCUCCUUGA